GCCCCGCCGGCGGGCUGACGGGUGCGGCCCAGCCGCGCCUCUCUUGCUGCCUCGGCCCGGACAUGUUGGACUUCGCUAUCUUUGCCGUCACUUUCUUGCUCAUCUUGGUGGGCGCCGUCCUCUACCUCUACCCGGCAUCAAGGCAAGCAUCAGGUAUUCCCGGGCUGGCUCCAACUGAUGAAAAGGAUGGCAACCUGCCAGAUAUCAUUGCCAGCAGCAGUUUGCAUGAGUUCCUGGUGAAUCUUCAUGAGAAAUAUGGCCCACUGGUCUCCUUCUGGUUUGGAAGGCGUCUUGUUGUCAGCCUUGGCUCCAUUGAUCUCCUGAAACAACAUAUUAACCCCAACCGGCUGUUGGAUCCCUUUGAGACAAUGCUGAAGUCCCUCUUGAGGUACCAGUCCAGCCUGAAUGGGGAUGCAGGAGAUGGCCACAUAAGGAGAAAGCUGUAUGAAAAUGGUGUGACCAUGUCCUUGCAAAGUAACAUUGCUCUCAUCCAGAAGCUGUCAGAAGAGUUGCUAGCCAAAUGGCUCUCUCUACCUGAGGCACAACAUGUGCCACUCUGCCAACACAUGCUGGGCUUUGCCAUGAAGUCUGUCACACAGACAGCUAUGGGCAGCAGCUUUGAGGAUGACCGGGAAGUCAUCCGGUUCCGCAGGCACCAUGAUGCGAUCUGGUCAGAGAUUGGGAAAGGUUUCUUGGAUGGGUCCCUUGACAAAAACAUGACUAGGAAGAAGCUCUAUGAAGAUGCUCUGAUGGAGAUGGAAUCCACCUUAAGGAAAGUUACCAAGGAGCGCCGAGGCAGGUCAUUCAACAAGCAUGUCUUUAUAGACACCUUGCUGCAGGGGAGCCUGAGUGACCAGCAGAUUCUGGAAGAUACAAUGAUUUUCUCCUUGGCAGGAUGCAUAAUCACUGCUAACUUGUGCACCUGGGUGGUCUACUUUCUGACAACCUCAGAAGAUGUUCAGCAGAAUCUCUACCAGGAGAUGGACCGUGUUCUGGGGAAGGGGCCAAUUACACAUGAGAAAAUUGAGCAGCUCAGAUACUGUCGGCAAGUCCUGUGUGAGACAGUGCGAACAGCAAAGCUUACUCCUAUUGCUGCACAACUUCAGGAGCUGGAGGGCAGAGUGGACCAACAUACUAUCCCUAAAGAGACACUUGUGCUGUAUGCUCUUGGUGUGAUGCUGCAGGAUAGUUCAUCAUGGCCAUCACCAUACAAGUUUGACCCAGAGAGAUUUAAUGAUCAACUGGCCAUGAAAAACCUCUCCCUGUUGGGUUUUUCAGGAAGCCAAGAGUGCCCAGAGUUGAGGUUUGCCUAUAUGGUGGCUACAGUUCUGCUGAGUGUCCUGGUAAGGAAACUGUAUCUCCACCCAGUGAAAGGGCAAGUCAUGGAGACCAAAUAUGAGCUGGUAACCUCACCAAAGGAGGAAGCCUGGAUAACGGUGUCUAAGAGAAGCUAAGAGCAAGGAAAACAAGGGGCUGAAAGUGCCAGCAGUGAAGUUAUGAGCAAGACUCUUAGGGGGAAUUGCUGGCACCACACUAUUUCAGUCAAGGAUUUUUACAUUCAUAUUUUGUUACCUUCCAUGUUCUUAACCACAUACCUCCCUUGAGUACUUUUCUAACUCAACUAGUAGUCAUAUUAAAGUAGAUUUACUCUGUCUGCCUUUUUACAUUUGCUUUUGGAUCUCUGGUCAAACCGUUGCAAAGGGAGGAACAAAAUCUUGCAGUGCUAUAUGUAUGAGCUAUUUGGUGUCUGCUAAUCAAAGGCUAGACCCCUUGUUAAUCCAGCCCCUUUCCAAGAGCAGCGAGGUCUGGAGAAGAGUGCCUGUCUUAUCCAGUGAAUUGCUUCUUCAUGGGUUCCAGCUACAUAAGACCUUGGAGACACAAGGACAAAGCCUUUCUCUCUAUAUAGGUAUUUUUAUUCAGUGUCUUUCCUUCCUUUCAGCUAUAGCUAUAACUGUCAAGAAGAGAGAGAGCUAUCUCGUGAGAAGUAUGUGUGAGAGUGUGUGUGAGAGAGAAAGAAAGUGGGGCAGGAAUUGCACCACCGAUUCUCUUGCUGUGCAAUCUUGCUGUGCUUUGGGAUUGCAAGAGAAAGAAUGACUAAAAUGCUAGAAAACUGGGAAGAAUAAAUUUGGUUCGGCCCCUGAGAAAACAGAAGCAUCAGUAAUAAUAUAAUGAAAUAAAACCACUGAACAAAGCCCUGAGAUAGAGAUUCUCUGUCCUGACAGUUUUGAGGGCAGUGUCUAAUCUAAUCAGCAUCAGAAAUUGACACAUGCUUGCAAUUUAUUCAGCACUGGGUCAGCAUGAGACUGGUCAUGCAAAUACUGGGAAGAGAGAGUGCUGAUUUUAUAGGGCUCUGCAUUAAUGUUGUACUUAAAAACCUUUCAAAGAAUCAUUUUCCUCCUCUAAAAUAGGU